AUGGAAAAAUUUGAUCAACUACAACAACAACCAACAUCCCAAAAAUAUAUUACAUAUUUUGAUUCAAUUGAAUAUGAUAAAUAUCUUUUGGGUAAAUCAUACUUUGAUGUUAAAGAAUUUGAUAGGGCAACAUUUGUAUUGGAAAAAUGUAAAUCUGCAAAAUGUAGAUUUUUGAGAAUUUAUUCUAAAUAUUUGGCUGGAGAAAAGAGGAAAGAAGAAGAAAGAAAAGAUAUUAUGGGACCUUUGGAAAAUGAAAAAAGCUUAAAUAAGGAAGUUCAAAGUUUAUGGGAAGAAAUGGAGUCAUGGCGGAAAGAAGAAGAUUUAGAUGGAUUCUUAACAUAUCUAUAUGGUCUUCUGGUAAAACAAAAGAAUCCACAUGCAAAAGAUCUCAAAGAUAUUUUUAUAGAAUCUGUAUGUAAAUAUCAGUACAAUUGGAGUGCAUGGUUAGAAUUAGGAAGUUGUAUCACAACUAAAGAUACGUUGGAAGAAAUUUGUUUACGAUUACCGGAUACAUUCAUGACAAAAUUUUUUAGAAUUUAUGUAACAGUCGAAUUAUCGGGAACACCUAAAUCUUUUAAAGAUUUAGUUGAUCAUGAUUUAAAAGAAAAUUUUGCCAAUAAUAAAUUUUUGCAAACACAAGAAGCUAUUAUGUAUUAUAAUAAUAGAGAUUAUGAUAGAGCUGAAGUAAUAUUUGAUGAAAUAAUUAAAUCCGAUCCAUAUCGAGUAGAUGAAAUGGAUGUUUAUUCAAAUAUUUUAUAUGUGAUGGAAAGAAAAAUUGGAAAAUUGAGUUAUCUCGCUCAUAUGUGUACAUAUACUGAUAAAUAUCGUUCGGAAACUAUGUGUGUCAUAGCUUGGACUUUGAUGGGACAUGAAUAUAUGGAAUUGAAAAAUACUCAUGCGGCAGUUAUUUCAUAUAAAAGAGCCAUGCCAUAUUAUGCAUUAUAUUAUUAUCAACAUUCAUCAGCCAUCAGACCAUCUGAUGCAAGAAUGUGGACAAGAUUGGCUGCACUUUAUGAACAAACAAAUGCUCCCACUGAAGCAACUAAGGCUUAUACCAGAUCACUCUCUUGUACUGAUAUUGAUGUAAAUUCCGAAACUCAAGCCAUAGUUAAAUUAGCUUCUCUAUACGCUAGUUUAUCAACAUCAAUAAUAUCGUCAUCUUCAUCUUCUUUUUCGGUAAAUUCAAAUAAAGAAAAAGCUGCUCAGUUUUAUACUAAAUUACUUGAGAGACAAGAUAUGUAA